UGUCAAGUUGACGGAUAAAGAAAGGUUUGGGCUUUCGCUUCUUCUUCAUCUCUUCUCUCUCUAUCUUUCUCGGUAUCCAUCUUCUUCGCCCAAAAUCCCUAAUCAAUUCCUCCUUACCAUACCACCACACCACCAAAUCCAAUUCCCGCCAAAGAGAGAAUAAUGUCGACGGGUCCUGAAACGAAUCGAAUCCUCUUUACGAAUUGCAAGCGCCGCUAAUCUGAAAGAGUUUCUCGCAAUCUCCGCCCUUUCACCGGCUAAUCUUUUUCUUAUCCCUCUCUUUCCCUUUUUUCUGGUUCCUCCCUGCCGAUUCGUAACGAGAAAUGGAGAGUUCAGCUACUGAGCAGCACAGCAGUUUCAACAACAUGGUAACCAAAGCAUAUCCACUACGGAUACUGAACCACACCACCACCGACGAACAUGUUAACUCAGGAGGAGGAGGAGGAGGAGCAGCCGAGCCUUACGUCGGUCUAGAAUUCGACACAGCAGAGGAAGCUCGCGAGUACUACAACGCCUACGCGGCGAGAACCGGUUUCAAAGCUAGGACCGGUCAGCUCUACAGAUCGAGAACCGACGGUACCGUUUCCUCCAGGAGGUUCGUCUGCUCCAAAGAAGGCUUUCAGCUGAACUCGAGAACCGGAUGCACUGCCUUCAUCCGUGUUCAGAGACGUGACACUGGGAAAUGGGUUCUUGAUCAGAUCCAGAAAGAGCAUAACCACGAGCUCGGAGGUGAAGCUGAGGAGAUGACUGUGGCGGCGACGACUCCGCGUCCUGUGAGAGCUCCUGCUCCUACUAAGCUAGCUGCGACGGUGAAUCAGCAUAGACCGAAAAUGAAAGUUGUUGACGAGUCUGAUAGAGAACAGAGAUCGUCUUCCUCUAAGAGCACCUCUCUCAAACGCUUCAAAAGCGGUGAAGGAGAAGUGAGCAAUGAUGGUCAUCAUCAUCAUCAUAAUCCUAAGGCGGUUUCCGGUAGCGAGCCUUACGCAGGUUUGGAGUUCGGUUCGGCUAACGAAGCGUGUCAGUUCUACCAAGCCUAUGCGGAAGUCGUCGGGUUUAGAGUCCGGAUCGGUCAGCUGUUCCGUUCCAAAGUAGACAACUCCAUCACUUCGAGACGGUUCGUUUGCUCGAGAGAAGGGUUUCAGCAUCCUUCGAGGAUGGGAUGCGGAGCUUACAUGAGGAUCAAGAGACAAGACUCUGGCGGCUGGAUCGUGGACCGGCUCUGCAAAGAUCAUAACCACGACCUCGAGCCCGGGAAGAAGAACCAAGACGGUGUGAAGAAGAUAACCGAAGAUGUGAUGAUGACGGGAGGAGGAGGGUUAGACUCCGUUGAUCUCAUCGAACUAAACAACAGCCACCACCACAUCAAGAAAGCUGCUACGUCAUCAUCAUCACGAGAGAACAGGAUCGGUAAAGAAUGGUAUCCGCUGCUUCUUGAUUACUUCCAGUCCAAACAAACCGAGGACAUGGGGUUCUUCUACGCUGUUGAGCUAGAUGUUCACAGCGGGAGCUGUCUCAGCGUCUUCUGGGCGGAUAGCAGAGCGAGAUUCGCUUGCAGUCAGUUCGGUGACGCGGUUGUGUUCGACACUUCGUACAGAAAAGGAAACCACUCUGUUCCCUUCGCUACUUUCGUCGGUUUUAACCACCACAGGCAGCCGGUGCUACUCGGCUGCGCUGUGGUGGCCGACGAGUCUAAAGAGAGUUUCUUAUGGUUGUUUCAGACGUGGCUACGCGCCAUGUCGGGGCGUCCUCCGAGGUCAGUUGUAGCUGAUCAAGACUUGCCUAUAAAGCAAGCUUUGUCUCAGGUCUUCCCCGGAGCGCAUCAUCGGUACUCGGCUUGGCAGAUGAGGGAGAGAGAGCGGGAGAAUCUAAGACCGUUCCCGAGCGAGUUCAAGUACGAGUACGAGAAGUGUAUAUACCAGACGCAAACGGUUUUGGAGUUUGACUCGGUUUGGAACACUCUCAUCAACAAGUACGGUCUAAGAGACGACGUCUGGCUCAGAGAAGUGUACGAGCAGCGUGAGCAUUGGGUUCCUGCGUAUCUAAGGGGAAGCUUCUUCGCUGGGAUACCGAUCAACGGAGCGUUUGAGCCGUUCUUCAGCGCUUCUUCUUCUUCGCUCGACGCGCUGACUCCUCUCAGAGAGUUCAUCGGGAGAUACGAGCAAGGGCUCGAGCAGAGACGCGAGGAGGAGAGGAAAGAGGAUUUCAACUCUUACAACUUGCAGCCUUUCUUGCAGACGAAGGAGCCCGUGGAGGAGCAGUGCAGGAGGCUAUACACGCUGACCGUCUUCAGGAUCUUCCAGAACGAGCUCGUUCAGUCUUACAGCUACCUCUGUUUGAAGACCUACGAGGAAGGAGCGAUGAGCAGGUUCUUGGUGAGGAAAUGCGGGAACGAGAGCGAGAAACACGCGGUGACUUUCAACGCGACGAAUCUGAACUCGAGCUGCAGCUGUCAGAUGUUUGAGCACGAAGGGCUGUUGUGUAGGCAUGUGUUGAAAGUGUUUAAUCUGUUGGAAGUGAAAGAGCUUCCGUCGAGGUAUAUACUGCACAGGUGGACCAAGAACGCGGAGUUCGGGUUUGUGCGUGAUAUGGAGUCGGGUGUGAGCUCUCAGGAUCUUAAGGCCUUGAUGGUUUGGAGUCUGAGAGAAGCUGCUUCUAAGUAUAUAGAGUUUGGGACUUCGUCUCUGGAGAAGUAUAAGCUUGCUUAUGAGAUUAUGCGUGAGGGUGGGAAGAAACUUUGUUGGCAGAGAUGAUGAAAAAAUGGUGUUUUUGGUAUUUACCCUUUGAAGAAUAUGAAGUCCUCUCCUUGUUCGACGUUCUAAUGUUAACCCCUUUUCGAUAACUUCCAUCGGUAGCGUGCAAGUGGUGGUGGAGUUGGGAGUUGUGGUCAUUGUCUUUCCCAGUGAUAAUUGUCGUUGAUCAUUGCAAUGGCGCUUCUGGUGAUGUAUUAUCAGUGACAUGUUUAUUGUCUCUUGUGUGUUGUUUAUGUUAUAAGAAAGUGAGAACAGAUGAGAAGGUUUAGGGUUUUGUUGUGAUCUACGGAUCAUGUUUAGAGAACAAAAUAUCGUUUGAGAUCCUAGAAAGUUUAGAAUGUAAUAUUAAUUAUCAUUUUCAAUC